AUGGCAGCCACUCAUUUCGCUUGGACCUCACUCUGCCUACCGACAUCCUUUCCGGGGAAAUGCGACGUCCACCGGAGCUCCUCUGUCAAGCUUCUCCCGCGGAGAAGAGGAGCUUCAGUCUCGGUAACUGCCAAUUCGUCGGAAUCAUCACCAAAGGUCUCCGAGCAGCCUGUGAUCGAGCUGCAGUUCAUUGGGCCGAAGCCAGAGAGUGAUGGUAGGAGCUAUCCGGUGGAGGAAGCAAGAGCGGUAAGUGGGGAGAAGCUUCUGAGAACCAUCAUGCUCGAUAACAAGCUCGAGCUUUACGCGACGUAUGGGAAGGUAAUGAACUGUGGGGGUGGUGGAACCUGCGGAACCUGCAUUGUUGAGAUUAUUGAGGGGAGUGAUCUUUUGAAUGAAAGAACUGAUGCAGAAUUCAGGUAUCUUAAGAAGAAACCAGAAACAUGGAGACUGGCCUGUCAAACCAUUGUGGGGAACAAAGAAAACUCGGGCAAGGUUGUGGUUCAGAGGCUUCCUCAAUGGAAGAAAUGA